AUGGUUGGGUUGCACUUGAUCUUUAGUCAAGGGCUUCUCCCUUCUUACCUUUAUAUUUGGGUCCAACCCCAUGUACAAAUCCAUUUUCAAGAUGGAUCAGAAAACAAGAGCUUCGGGAAAUGGCCCACAACUUGGUGGCAGCAAUUCUCUGUGUUGCUUAGGAGAGGAUUGAAAGAGAGGAGGCAUGAGUCCUUCUCCGGUCUCAAGAUUGGUCAGGUUGUGGCGGUGGCUCUUCUUUCUGGGCUACUAUGGUGGCAGUCAGAUGUUUCCCACUUGCAGGAUCAGACUGGGCUUCUCUUCUUUAUGUCUGGAUUCUGGGGUUUUUUCCCUCUGUUCCAAGCAAUCUUCACCUUCCCCCAAGAGCGCAAGAUGCUUGAAAAGGAGAGAUCUUCAGGAACAUACAGACUCUCCUCCUACUUCAUAUCAAGGAUUGUUGCUGAUCUUCCCAUGGAGCUUGUCCUUCCAGCCGUAUUUGUGACCAUAACAUAUUGGAUGGCAGGGCUGAAACCAACAACAGGACACUUCUUCCACACCUUGCUUGUUCUGCUACUCAGUGUGUUAGUAGCUCAAGGCAUGGGGCUUGCUCUUGGGGCUCUGGUAAUGGACCAAAAAAAGGCCACUGUUCUUGCAUCAGUCCUCAUGCUGUCAUUUCUUCUAGCUGGAGGUUACUAUGUUCAACAUGUCCCUGCUUUCAUUGGUUGGAUCAAAUACAUCUCCAUCAGCAACUACUCAUACAAGCUCUUGCUGGGAUCUCUGUACAGUAAAUCUGACACUUACCCAUGUGAUAGUGGGGUUUGCUUGGUUAGAGAAUUCCCAAAUAUAAAACAUGUUGGGCUUGAUGGCCAAAUAAGUGGUGCUGUUGCUUUGGCGACAAUGCUUGUGGGCUAUAGGCUAAUUGGGUAUUUGGCUCUCAUGAGGAUUGGUGUCACAAAGAAAAAGUAUGCUUAGUUUAUGGGAAAAUCAUAGGAGGCCUAUAUGAUUUGUAUAGAUGCAGAUGCAGCUCUUUUUUCGGAUUAGAUAUUUUGCUUCCCAAGUUAAUUUUCCGUUUGGCUUGUGUUCUAAUUACAGACAAUAUCUGAGAGGCAUAAAGUUUGUGGGAUUUUUGAUUAGCAAG